AUGUCUCAGGAAGUUGAUUGGUUACACAGCCAAGCAGGUGUGUGUAAGGUAGACCUCUAUAAUCCUGGAGGAGGAAAGGACCAGGAACGCAAAGUGAUUUGUUUUGUCGAUGUUUCCAGUCUGAACAUUAAGCAAACAGAUGAUACAGAUAAAGAUGCUGCUGGCCAGUCUAAAAGCAGUGAAUCUGCCACAGGGCUUGAUCUGGGGAAAAUGCAGGACAAAGAGGUCAUCGUAAUAAAAGACAGUGACACGCCAGAACAGUCUAAGACAGAAGGAGCAGUUUGUCUGUUCAAACAAGGUUCAACUGAAGAGCUUAAUGUUGUGUCCUGGCUUUUUGACGACCUGCAAAAAUAUGCAUGUGGAUUUCAGCAUGCACUAUCCCCUUCAACGGCCCCUCCUGCACAAAAGCCAUCGGCAGCUGACAGGAUGUCCCAGAAUAACAACAAUACAGCUUUCAAAGCUUCUGAAGGACAAAAAGCACCAUCAGACGAAGUAGCAAGCACUGUCCAAAAGCUGUGUACUUUGGUUAUGCAGAUGGCAAGUAAAGAGAUCUCUGAAAAUCUGGAAGAUGCUGCCAGCAAAUGUAUACGCCAGGCAAUUUAUGCUACUAAAGAUGGGAAAGCUCUUAAUGCCUCUGGUUCUGUAAGUAAGGUUGCAUCCAAGAUGGGUAAAGGACUCCCCAAGAAAACAUCGCUUUUUUAUGGUGAGCUAUGUUCCAACCAAAGCGAAUCAACACCAGAAGAAGAAGGAAGAUCAACACAUGCCCAUCUGAUACAUCCAAGAAAACAGUCGUCCUGCAAUGAUGGCACUAGUUCUUUUAACAAAGGGCUAAUGGUAUAUGCAAACAAAAAUGCUAAGGAUAUGACGUUUUCAUUUGUGAAUGCAACCAAGAUACACAAAAGGCCACCACUCCCAGCCUGUGUGAUUCUGAAGAGAGUGUUUCUCAAACACACAAGGGAUGUCAUAUCAGACUUAAUUGACUCCACCAUGAAAAAUCUGCAUAAUGUCACUGGAGUCCUGAUGACAGACUCAGAUUUUGUGACUAUGGUGAAGAAAAACCUCUUCAAUGCAGGAACUCAGAAGUCAACUGAGAUUUUAGAAGCAAUGGUAUUAAGAAUGUAUAAUGCUUUGAUGUCGGAUACUAAGGACAGAGGGCAUAGUCUUGUAUACUCCUUAUUGAAAACAGGAUGUUCAUUAGACCCCAAUUCUCCAAAUAUGCACUUUGCAUCUUUGAAGGGUGGGGUCCAUAUGAGGGAAAAGGGAAAGCAAGAAGGACAGACAUCAGCACAAAAAGUAGGUGAAACGAUAAUUAAGGAUGGAAUUAGCAUGUUGAGAUCAAGAGCAGGAGGCAAAGGUCCAGACAGGGGAUGUCAUGAUAAGAGGCCAGAAAAAAGUAGCUCUACCACCGAGUUUCUAGCAAAAGACCUCAUUUUGACAGCUUUAAUGCUGAUACAACAACAUCUCUUAACGCAGUACAAAGAGCCCGUUUGUGAGUCAAAUACGUCUUCAUUUGGAUUUUAUGAAAAGGGAGGCAAACAUGGUUCUAAAUCUCAUAGUUUCAGGAGUGAUCCACAACAGCAAGAAUACCAGAGGGGGGAAAUACAAAGCGCCCUUCUAUCAAUCAUCCAGAAGGUCCUACAAGAGGCUGGUUUCAAUGUAGAUGAGUGUGAAAUAAGCAAGAAUCCCAAGCAAAACUCGUAUGAAGAUAGAUCUAGUCGAAAACCCCCAUCCAGACAGAAUGGUUCAGAUGUGGAUUCUGAAAAUAUGGAGCAAAUAAACAAGAAGUUCAUUGAUCAGCUGAUGGAAUCUGUGAUGAAGCUCUGUAUGUACAUGACUAAAAGCCCUGAUUUUGUUGUUGAAGAUUACUCUGACGAGCAAGGCACAUACAUCACAGCAAGAAACAAAGGCAUGUCAACUCCAGAUUCAAUGUUAUCCCAGAAACCUCCACGAACUAAUAUCGGAAAACCGCUCGUGCCGGCUGGUUCUGAGGUGAUCGUAAACAACCAGAGCUCUAACACCAGCUCGCAGAACAGAGAACUCCAGGCUGUCCUCCAGUGGAUGGCUGCUUCUCAUUUCCAAGUGCCCAAUCUCACGUUCAUGAAUGAGAACGAUGACGAGCUGAAGAAGCUUCCACAACUGGCUGACAAAGCAGCCAAGAAAGGUGCGAGUGUGGGGGAUAUUUUGCAGGAGGUAAUGAAGUAUUUCGAGAAACAACAGGUUGAUGCCGCUGUGGGAAAUAUGCCUCGUUGCGGACUACUUGACUGGUUGCUUGCUAAUCUGUAG